AAUGCAAAAUGACAGCUCUCAUUCCGGGAGUAUGUUCAGCCUUGACACAGGCGGUAGUUGACUCUCUGAAGAAGAUUGGUGUUAAAACCGUGACAGAUUUUAUCACAGACGAUGUGGAAAGCCUUGCACAAAGGUGCACGAUACCAUACAAGGAUCUUGUUGCAAUCAAAAGAGUUCUUCUCGCCCAGCAUUCAGCUUAUCCCAUACUUGGUCAUGAAGCCUAUUCAAGUGCUUGUUCUUCUCUUGCCUUCUUCUCCACGGGGUGUGAAAGCCUGGACUUGAUCUUAGAUGGAGGUCUGUAUACAGGGGAGGUAACUGAGGUUGCUGGCGAGAUAGCAGCUGGGAAGACACAGAUAUGUCUAAGCAGUGCAGCGUGCGUGUCGUGUCAGCAGCGGGUGGUGUAUGUCGACACGUGCGGGGCGUUCAGUGCGGAGAGGGUGAUGGAGAUGCUUCAGCUCCAGAGCUACACCCAGAAUCCUGAAGAAGUGAUGUCCAGAAUACGCUGCUUCCAGCCUCAUGAUAUAUUCACCUUGUUUUCUGUGUUAGAGGAUGUCCGAGUCCAGCUUGUUAAACAGACGGACAGUUUCUACAGUGGCCUGAAACUAUUGGUUGUAGACAGCGUGACAUCGGUCAUCUACCCAGUGCUUGGUGGUCAGCAGAUGGAUGGUCACGGUCUGAUGGUUCAGCUUGGACACACCCUCAAGAUGCUGGCUGUGGAGUUCUCCAUUGCUGUCCUGGUGAGCAAUAAUGUGGUAUUUGGUGCUGAUGGUCAGCGUGUGGCCAGUCUAGGCCGGACCUGGUCACACGUCCCCCACACACGAUUAAUCAUUGAGAAGACUGGACGCUCCGAGCACCGGAGAGCUGUAGUGGUCAAGAGCUCUCGUCUGGUAACCCCAGUAUCAGCAUUGUUCACAAUACCCUCACUGGAGCCUGAUAGUUGACAGCAACAUUCCUGGUACCUGAUUGGAGCCUGAUAGUUGACAGCAACAUUGUUGGUA